UAUUAUAUAAUAUCAUAAUAAUUUCAUUAUAUUGUUGUUCCUCAUAAAAUGAUGCACUCGCAGCGGGUUCACUCGCGUUACACUCGCGUCAGGAAAGGAAGAACAGUUUAAGAAAGAAACACUUUAUUAUACACCGAAAUACGAGAGUAAUAACAAAAGCUUUCACAAUAAAAUCAGAAUUUGCGAUACGGCUCAAACUCUCGCGCCGCGUCGUCGACUCUCUCAUCACAAAAUUUACAUACAACAUAAUUAUUAUCUAUGGACUGCUUAUUGUUAUCAAACAGAACUUCUCAUCAAGUAACGUGUGUCGUGUAUGUAACACAUCUUUAUCAAAUGAUUUCAAACCAGUCGAUUAAUUGGUAAUAAUUAAAUGUAAUUUAUUACUUUGUAAUUUAUUAUUUGUGAAUUUUUCGAUUUAUUGAUCACGUGUAUAAAUCCGUAAAAGUGUGAUAUGUGUUUAUAAUUAUAUUUCGCGCCUCCUUCUCUAGAUUACAACAUGUAGUACUUCCUUCGUGUCGCCAGAUGUCACAUCGGUUAAGAGAAAUUUCAAAAUAAAACGGGCCCGCGCGCCCCCAUCACGAUCCGCCAUCCUUAAUGAAAAAAUGUGAAAAUUUCCUAUGCGCUUGCACGAGUGGCAAGACAAUGAAACAUAAGUACGCGCUUGCGUAGGUGGCAAGACGUUACGAGAUAAUAACCUAGAUCACUGUAGGAAUGAUAAUUUGUCUUUUAACAUUGGCCUGUAUCCGUAAAUAAGUUCAAUUCCUUGUAGAAAAAGAGACACAGAAAAAGAGAUAAAAUGCCUCCUUUUCUUGUACUUUUUUUUUUAGUUACAGAAAAGAACAAGGAAAAUGAUUCAUCCGUUUUAGAAAUAAAAUAUAUCUCAAAUAGCGAAGCUUAUUUGGAUGAGUCAAUAUUAGAGGUUAUGGGGGAGGAUCCUAAAUCACAAGCUUUAGAGCUGGAUAUACAUCCAACCUUUUUAAAGAAAUGGCGCUUCUGGACUGUAAAUGGCGUGCCAGAGACCGAAAAAGACAAAUUAUUAAAAAAAUAUGUUAGAUCAUUACAGUUUGAAGCUCCGAGUUUAAAUCCAGAAAUAGCAGCUUCCUUAGGAGAGUAUGCCUGCAAGAGAUUUUAUGGCGAAGAUAUACUUGGAGGAUGCAUAUUUCUCAAUUCCGAUUCAUAAGAGGAGUAGAAAAUACCCAAGUUUCGAAUUUUCUGAUGGAAUUUAUCAGUUUACUUGUUUACCGUUUAAUUUAUGCACUAGUCCCAGAGUAUUUAUCAAAGUUUUAAAACCAGUUAUUAAUCAUUUAAAAAUUAGAGGAUGGAAAUCUGUGAUUUAUUUGGACGACAUCUUAUAUGUAGCGGAUAGUUUUGUAGAUAAAAUGUUUUAGAAACAAUUAAUUGUCUGGAAUCGUUAGAUUUCAUUAUAAAUAAGGAAAAAAGUAUCUUAUUCCCCACAACAAGAUGUACAUUUUUAAGCUUCGUCAUAGACACUAUAAAAUUCUCAUUAGAACUACCUGACAAGAAGAAAAUAUCGUUAAUAAACCUGGUGAGCUCUUUCUACAAUAAGAAAUCAUUAUUUAAUAUCCAGACAUCUUUUAUCGGAAUUGGAUUAAUGGAAAUUGUCACUUAGAUCAGCAUACUGUGAUAUCAAGAGAGAUAUUUUUGAUUUAACGAUUUUUUCGGAUGCUUCAAACACAGCUGGGGGGCAAGCUGGGGGGCAUAGUUCUCAACAG